AUGUCGGUCGACGAGCGUCCCCCGAAACGCAAACGGCAGGACAGCGAGAUGCAUCUUUCCACCCCAACUAUUGAGGUGGACAGCGAGAUUGAACUUGCUGCAGAUGGCGACGCGCUCGUUGUCGUGAACGGUAUUGCGGGCGUGCCACAACAGUAAGAAUGAACCUCUGCACCGAAUCACUUCAUGCGCUCUGCUGACCACCGCCCGCAGAGUCGGCAUCCGCUGCUCCAGCUACGCGCUCGGCACGCACUCGACUGGAUUCAAACAACUGCUCGCCGCAGCUACAGUCGUCCAUACGGCCGACCCGCCCACGAAGACCCUCCCACUCCCCGACGACGACGGCAACACCAUCUACCUGCUCUGCUGCGCGCUGCACCUCCGCCACGACAAACUGCCCGCGCGCCUGCCCCCCGACGCCCUCACGCGCUACGUCGCGGCCGCCGCGCGCUACGACUGCAUCGUCGCGGCCGGCCGCGCCGCCUCCCCCUGGUUCGACCACCUCUACCACCGCGUCCCGCACCCGCCCGUCUACCAGCUGCUCGAGGCCGCCUACCUCCUCGACGACCCCGUCUACUUCGCCCGCUUCACCACCCGCUGGGUCCUCGAAACCCCCUCCGGCCGCCGCCUGCACGACCUCUCCUCCUCCCUCGGCAGCGCCGGCCAGCGCCUCGCCCUCGAACUCCUCGCCCGCCAACGCGAAGCCAUCCACAGCCUCAAAGUCGACCUGGACCUCCUCAUCGAUCCCCUCGCAGACGUCCUCGCCGACGAAUCCCACCACUACAUCGACUGCGAGCCCGGCGAGGAACCCCAAGACGGUAACGGUGGCGACGACGGUGUAGAAGAAGACGACCGCGCCCGCGACACCUGCCCCGUCGACCGCGACAACGCCCGCCUCUGCCUCUCCGCCCUACGGAAUGCGAAUCUCUGGCCCGCGACCCGCUGGCCGUCCACACCCGGCGCUAUCGUCGAGAAAUCACUAGCUUUCCCCCUCCCCGAGUGGGACGUCCGCGAGCAGUGUCUGUGGUGCGUUGCCGUGGAGGCGAAAUUUUCGCAGGCUUUGGCGCUUGUGCGGACGAUGCAGCGCGAGCGGCUGUGGGGGAUUUGUCUGGAUUGUUACCACCGGAAGGCGGCGGAAGGGGGGGGUGUCAACAGCAGCAGUUCUGGAGGGGAGUGUCGCUUUGAGCACGUCAAGGCUGUGGAUCUUUCUGUUGCGGUGCCGCCUGCGCCGCCUCCGUCGGGUUCUGCUCUGGCGUUGGCGUUGCCUUCUUCUGCCGCCAGACCUGCGCCGCCCAAGACGCCGCUUUCGGCUGCUCAGGCGGUUUCUUUUUUGGAUUCGUUCAGGGCUGCUACGAAGAAGGAGGGUGGGGAUGGGAAUGGACAAGGACAGGGACAGGGGGGUAGUGGUGGUGGUGGUGGUGGUGGUGGCAGUGGUGGUGGACAGGCUAGUGCAGGGGGUUGA